CAUGUUUCAGUUUUCGUCCAACAUCCGCCUGGGGGACAGGCCCGACUUAACGCUGGGGGGAUGGGCUCCGGAGGGCACGCAUCGACCUCCACUCGCCCAGUGAUCGCCGACAGAGGCCGACGGCCCACCCGCCCCCUCGAGCUGGGCCGGCCCCCCUGCCGUCGCCCGCCCGGGCCUCUGUCCCGACGGGUGCGGCGGGGGCGCUCGUGGAGGGACGUGUCCAGGAAGCUGCGGACCCUGAAUUUCUGAUGUUCCAACCUACUGUAGCCUUGAUCGCCAGAAAGGAGCUCGAGCACCAGAAGUAGAGUACCGAAGCCUCGAGGGUUUUCGCGUUGCCGGCCCUGGGAGACACUCGUCCGGCACUGUUUCGACACUCUUUCGACACUUUUCCGGGUGCUCGGAAUUAUUUCUGGGAUGUGGUCUUUGAGUACGAUUGGAGCAGCAUAACCCUGGAUGGCUCCUUUUGUCUGACGAGGGCGGCUGUGAUGUCCCUGGGCAGCGGGACCCAAGGGGGAAGAGGAGGUCCACAUACUCGUCCCGAGGUGCUGGCGCUGGCGCUCGCUUCGAGCAUCUGCGGCGGCGCGCAUGGCGGUGGCCCCGAUGACGUGGGCGACUCCGACGAAGGCGUCCAGGAUGACGUGCUUAGCACCGAGCAGAUGCACGGUAUCCAUCAAAAGAUCGACGCAAACGGCGACGGAAAGGCGUCCAUGGAUGAGGUCCUAGCCUUCUCGGACAGCGUGCGGAGGCAGAUAGCGGCGGGGGACAUACCGACCGUUCUGGAAGAGAUCGACGUCAACAGGGACGGGAGGGUGAGCCUCGACGAGUUCCUGGAGGAUAUCGGUACGAGCGACGACGACGAUGACCCUCGAGAGGCGGAGAGGAAAGCGGCGCAAAAGGAAGCGGAAAGCGCGAAGUUUCUUGUCGCCGACACGGACAAGGACGGGCUGCUGGGCACCGAGGAGCUGCAGUCCCUGUUCUUCCCGGAGACGCACGGCGGCGUCCUGAGCGUUGUUGCCAGGCACGCGCUGCAGGAGAGGGACCGGGACGGCGACGGCCUGCUGAGCCUGCAGGAGUUCUGGGACGGCGACAGCCUGGAGGAGGAUGAGCUGCUCGUCUCGCGGGCAGGCAAAACCAUGCCCAGAAGACCCCCAGCGCCGCGAGCUUCAUCCAUUAUCAACCUUUCUUCUUGACUGCGACCUUCGAGAAAGAAAACGCUGCACACGCAUACUUCCAGAGGUCUGCGCGGAUUUCUUGGGUCAGCGAUGCACCCCUCUGGCGGCGCCUCAGGCGCCGCCCCUGGCGCGCUUCGCGCGCCAGGGAGGGGUCCAGCGCCGAAAGCCAUGCGGACCUCCGAAUUGUUUGUGCUUGUGUAGUGGUUGCUUCUGUCUUCCAAGACCUCCAUAACCUUUAGAGCUUGUUGAAUGGUAGACCCGUCUGCGGUAUGUUCUUGUUCUAGAGCAGGCCCCACAUGGUGCUCCAAUGGCCAGGGCAGAAUCUCUCCCUCAUUGUGGUUUCGUUUGCCCCGGCCGUCAUCCAGACCGAGCAGGAGGCCUUCCGAAAGCUGGACGCCGACUCUAGCGGCAAGCUGGACGUGAAAGAGCUGGAGGCGUGGGAGUCCGGCAGGUUCCACGUGGAGGAGGCCGUGAAGUCGCUAUCCGCGCGUGGUCCGUGGGCCGCCCCGAUGGGCAGGAGUGGCGCUGGAGCCUGCCGUCGGCAUCGUUUAUCCCAUCCCCAUCCCCAUUCCCAUCCCCUUACGAGACCCCCACCCUUGGCAUCGCUCGGACGUGUGC